AUGGAAGAUUCCUCUCCAACCUUCGCUUUGCAGACGACAUCGGUCUCUUUCCAUGAAAGAAAGAUGACACAGUUUUUGAAGAACACCAACUGCGAGGACAGAGGAGUACAACUAGAAGACUACCAAAUCGUGGAAACUUCGUCAUACGUAUACCUUGGACGUUCUAUGAACAUGGAAAACGACUUGAAGGAAGAACUGAAUAAAAGAAUGAGAGCAGCAUGGGCAGCAUUCGCACCCGUCAGGCGAACAACUGACGGAUUUCCGUGCCCAUCUCGACAAUUUUCCCAGCGCUCUAUUACGAAGCAGAAGCCUGGGCAGACACCAUUGCCACUUCUAGGAAACUACUCGUUACUCACAGAGCCGUUAAGAGAUGUUUUCUGA